AUGAAGCCCUCACGCCUCCUCCUCCCGCUCACGCUCCUCCCCUGCGCAGCCCUCGCGCAGCACACCUCCAACUGGGCCGUGCUGGUGUCCACCUCCCGCUUCUGGUUCAACUACCGCCACCUGGCCAACGUGCUCUCCAUGUACCGCACCGUCAAGCGGCUGGGCAUCCCCGACUCGCAGAUCAUCCUCAUGCUGUCGGACGACAUCGCCUGCAACCCGCGCAACGCCUUCCCGGGCACCGUGUACAACAACGCCGACCGCGCGCUCGACCUCUACGGCGACAACAUCGAGGUGGACUACCGCGGCUACGAGGUGACGGUCGAGAACUUUAUCCGCCUGCUCACGGACCGCGUCGCGCCCGACACGCCGCGCAGCAAGCGCCUGCUCACCGACGACCGCAGCAACAUCUUCAUCUACAUGACGGGCCACGGCGGAAACGAGUUUUUGAAGUUCCAGGACGCGGAGGAGAUUAGUGCCUUUGACAUUGCGGACGCGUUCGAGCAGAUGUGGGAGAAGAAGCGCUACCACGAGAUGCUGUUUAUGGUCGACACGUGCCAGGCCAACACGAUGUACAGCAAGUUCUACUCGCCGAACAUCCUGGCGACGGGGAGCAGUAAGCUGGAUGAGAGCAGCUACUCGCACCAUGCGGACAACGACGUGGGCGUGGCGGUCAUCGACCGCUAUACGUACUACAACCUGGAGUUCCUGGAGAACGAGGUCAAGACGGCGAGCAGCAGCCGCAGCACCAUGAAGGACCUGUUUGAUAGUUAUGAUACGGAGAAGAUACACUCCACCCCCGGAGUCAGGACGGAUCUGUUCCGCAGGGAGCUGAGCGAGACGCUGAUUACGGACUUCUUUGGGAAUGUGCAGAAUGUGGAGCUGGAGGGCGAGGCGGGGGGCAGCUGGAAUGAGGACUUGCUGGAGCUGUCGAGGCUGGCGGUCAAUUUCACGGUGCCGAGAAGGAAUGGGACCUGCGGUGGCCGGACCGUCGAGGUGGAGGAGCAGCCGCAGAAAGUGGCCAAGAGAGAGGGCGCGGUGCGUAUCGUGGAGGAGGAGGGGUGGAAUCGGAAUGCGGUGGGUGUGGGGGCGCUGCUGGCCUGCGCUGCUGCGUGGGUUGCGGGGUCGGCGCUGUCGGCGCUGUAG